GUGGCUCCGAGGCGCCUGCGCGGUGGGUCCACGGUAAUUUGGGCCGUUUCCUCCACCGGCGUGAGGGUAUUUCGGCCCUUGGGGUUUCUGGGCGCCGCGGCUCGCCUUUGCCACCUCCGCGCCGAGCGGGUUCGCAGGCUCCCAAGUCCUUCCCGCUGCCCGCCACCGGCCCCCUGUCGCGGCGUGACUCUCAGGCAAGUGUCUGUUAAAUAGCAGCCGCCUUGGCCCUGGCUCCCUGCCGAGCGCCGGGUGUUUCUUAGAGGAGUCCAGACCGCCCUCUGUUCUUGGAGCUGACAUUUUCCUGGGGGAGAGGUUGAUGGCACACAAUACUAGGUCGUGACAGGUGCUACGAAGAAAACAGGGUGGUGUUAUCCGAGGUUGCAUAUGUUAAAUCAGGACGGCAGUGGAGCCUCUCAGGAGGUGACCUUUUUGGAAAAGGGCCAGAAUGAGUCUGUUUGGAACCACCUCGGGUUUUGGAACUAGCGGGACCAGCAUGUUUGGCAGCACAAGCACAGAUAACCACAACCCCAUGAAGGAUAUUGAAGUAACAUCCUCUCCUGAUGACAGCAUUGGUUGUCUAUCUUUUAGCCCACCAACCUUGCCCGGCAACUUUCUUAUUGCAGGAUCGUGGGCUAACGACGUUCGCUGCUGGGAAGUUCAAGAUAGUGGACAGACUAUUCCAAAAGCCCAGCAGAUGCACACGGGGCCUGUGUUAGAUGUCUGCUGGAGUGAUGAUGGGAGCAAAGUAUUUACAGCGUCAUGUGAUAAAACUGCCAAAAUGUGGGACCUCAACAGUAAUCAAGCAAUACAGAUUGCACAGCACGAUGCUCCUGUGAAAACCAUACAUUGGAUCAAAGCACCAAACUACAGCUGUGUGAUGACCGGGAGUUGGGAUAAGACUUUGAAGUUUUGGGAUACACGAUCAUCAAAUCCUAUGAUGGUGUUGCAGCUCCCUGAGAGGUGUUACUGUGCCGACGUGAUCUACCCUAUGGCCGUGGUGGCCACUGCAGAGAGAGGACUGAUUGUCUACCAGUUAGAGAAUCAACCUUCUGAAUUCAGGAGGAUAGAAUCUCCACUGAAACACCAGCAUCGAUGUGUGGCUAUUUUUAAAGACAAACAGAACAAGCCGACUGGUUUCGCCCUGGGAAGCAUCGAGGGGAGGGUUGCUAUUCACUACAUCAACCCCCCAAAUCCCGCCAAAGACAACUUUACCUUCAAAUGUCACCGCUCGAACGGAACCAAUACUUCAGCCCCUCAGGACAUCUACGCAGUAAAUGGGAUCGCAUUCCAUCCUGUCCAUGGCACUCUUGCCACUGUGGGAUCUGAUGGUAGAUUCAGCUUUUGGGACAAAGAUGCCAGAACGAAACUAAAAACUUCAGAACAGUUAGAUCAGCCGAUAUCGGCUUGCUGCUUCAAUCACAAUGGAAACAUAUUUGCGUAUGCUUCCAGCUACGACUGGUCAAAGGCCUCUGCUCUGCUCGUGACACCACACUUGGCAGUAACUGUGGACACAGCCUGGCGGCGAGAACUCACAAGAAAGGAGACAGGUCAGAGCAGGUGGGAGUCAUGUGCAGGAAGGCCCACCUCUGUUGCUGCCACGUUUGGUCUCACCCCGUGUUCUUCGAGACAGACACCGAAAUGGCCUGGAAACGCGGUGCUUUGUGUGCUUGUCUGCGAGCUUCUCCAGAGUCCUCUGCCAUCAAGGGGGCCUACUGAACCCUGCGCGCCUGACCCGUGUGAGGGGCGGCUUUGUCUGUCCUGGGCCUGGACACGAAGAUGCUUAGGUGGGAUUGGGUAGAACAGGGUGAACAGCCACCUUAGGACCAUGCGUCCUCGCCCUUCCUGAGAAACAGGAUUCUGCCGAGUGAGAAGCUGCUCAGAUGCCUGGUGUGUUUCUGGGCUGGUUCCCAUGCAGCUUCCUAAGCACGUUCAUCUGGUCACCAGUUUCACCAUGAUUUCCUUAUUUUUCUUUAAGUCGAUCCACUUCUAAAAAACACAGUUGCCCCCACAAAAUUAGUCACUGCCAUAAAUUUAAAGAAAAAAAUGACAUACGUGGAAAACUAUUAUCUUUUGCCCAAAGUUAGAAAAUAACCAUAAAAAUUUACACAAAGUAAGACCAUAAAAAGCCAUGAAAUAAUACAAUGGAAGUUAAAACAUACCACCUAACGUCCUCUUCGAGGGACAAAAUACCUCACUAGAAAAUUCUGUUAACGGGACAUUAUUCGGUAUGUUCUAGGCUGCUUGGUAGAACCUCUCUGCCAUUUUUGGAGUGACUUGGGGAAGUUUUUUUUUUUUUCAUUCAACCAAAAUGUGAUUUUUCCUUUGAAGGAGGGGCUCUGUGACAAAUGACCAAACACAUUAGGAACACGGAAGUCUGCAUUUUCCAGAUUAAAUCGUGAUCUCGUAGGUUGUGAAAUGACUAUAGUUUGCUACUAGCAUGUUUUCAAUGGAGCUGCAAGACAACAUUAAAAUAUAUUUUAUACGUUCA